GGAGGGAGCAUAAAAGCGGUCCCGCCGCCCCUCUUUCUGUCCCGGGCGGGCCAUGCGUGGAUCCCGGCGGCGAGGCUUCCGAUCAAUCCCGCGCCUUCCUUGGCGGCCGGAGCCAAUCCUCCUUCGAGAGGUGGGCGGCAGUCGCGAGCCGGAGGCGCUCCAAACUUCCAGCAUCGCCGGGGCAAAAAGCAGGAGCAAAGCAGGAGCAUGCACGGCGGAGGCAAGGGCGCCCACGCGGGAGGCUCUCCACGCUCCCUUCCCUGCCAUGAGGCCUCGGCAUCCCAGUGACUGGUACAAACCUAUCUACAUGUAUAAAGUGUGGCAAAGAACACUGGAAGGUGGCUAAAAGUCAGUCAUGUCUCCAGUUUGGCAUACCAUUUCAACUCUUAAUGUGAACUACAAGCAACUGGCAUGUCUUUUGGUCUUCACCAUAAAUAUGUGUCUAAGUGCCCCUGGGAUGUGUCCUCCAGCUUGCAUUUGUGCUAGUGACAUUGUAAGCUGCACCAGCAAGAACCUUUCCAGAGUGCCAACAACACUCUUCAAGCACAUAAAGAGACUGGAUCUCAGCCACAACCGCAUUGGGAUUUUGGAUCAUGACUGGAUGCCCGUCCUGCUUGAGAAGAUGACCACCCUCAUUGUCAGUCAUAACAGCAUCGCUUUGAUUUCUCCAGGAAGCUUUUCUAUGAUGACAAAUGUGAAGUACCUAGACCUAUCAUCCAACAACCUGAGGUCACUGGGCGGUCCUGUCUUCCAGGAACUGCGGGUGCUAGAGGUACUGCUGCUUUAUAACAAUCAUAUUGCACAGGUUGAUUCGGCUGCUUUUGGAGGGAUCCACAAAUUGCAGAAACUCUACUUGAGCUACAAUGCUCUCACUCACUUCCCAAUAGAUUUGUACAUUGGGAAGUAUAAGCUUGCCGAACUUGUGCUCUUAGACAUUUCUUACAAUCGAAUCAAGUCGAUACCUAUUAACUUUAUGAGCUUAGUGCCAGCCAGGCAUCUGAGUGGAAUUUAUCUUCAUGGGAAUCCAUUUUAUUGUGACUGUACUCUUUACUCCAUGCUAAACUUCUGGUACCUUCGACAUUUUAGCUCUGUGGAGGAUUUCAAAGCUGAGUAUACAUGUGUUCUGCGGUCAGAUCACAGAACAGCCAACAAACUGCCUUUAUUGCAUGACAACUAUUUGAAUUGCUCAGAAAGCACCAUAAAUGGCUCUUUCUAUGCAUUUGGGUUCAUUCACGAAGCCCAGCUAGGAGAGAGAUUGAUAGUGCCAUGUGACACAAAAAUUAGUGAUGUGGGCACCCAGUUCAUCUGGAUCAGUCCAAACAACCAAACUCUGGAACCUGACAUGACCACUGAACACUUCAGAGUGUUCCAAAAUGGGAGUCUGGAGAUAGACGAGGCCCAAUAUGAGGAUGCUGGACUUUAUUCCUGUAUUGCAAUAAACAAGAAAAGACUCUUGAAUGAGACAAUUGAGGUGAGGAUAAAUGUAAGCAAUUUCACCGUGGACAGGUCUCACUCGUAUGAGACAUUUAACACUGCUUUCACUACGCUUGCAGCUUGUAUAGCCAGUAUGAUUUUGGUACUUCUUUACCUCUACCUGACACCAUGCCCUUGCCGAUGCAAGUCACAGAGGAAAAAAAGGCAGCUGGACCAAAGUAACAUGCCUCAUGCCUCCAUAUUGACCACCAAUUCACCCCUUGAACUUUCAGGUGAUGAAAAGAAAGCAAGCAGUGGCAAAAGGGUUGUGUUUCUUGAACCCGUGAAGGAGCCAAAGCCGGGACAGAAUGGGAAAAUAAAGAUGUUUCCCAAUGAGAACCUCAUUGCAGAAAGUAUCCUUAAAAACCCUCGAACCAAAUCCGAAUCAGAUUCUGUGAAUUCGGUGUUUUCAGACACACCUUUCGUGACAUCUUCCUAGUUUCCUGCCUGUAUUCAUGUCAUGUGAUGAACUCAGAAGCUUCUCUGUAUUUAGCUACUCUAAAAAAGAGAUGGUGGGGUUUUUUAAAAAAAAGUCAAGGUGUGAAAUGAAAAGUGACUGUAAUUAUGCUCAGGUUUUUUUCCUCUCAAAGUGAAAGGUGAAAACAUAACCAGUAAUCUGUAAGAGUGAUGCUAAAUCUGGGAAGGAGCCCAUUGUUCCAUGACUGUUGCUGCUCUCGAAUAUAAAGCAGUUGCAUUAUGGUAUACACUGCUUUUAUUUCAGUCUCUCUGCUUAAAGGAGGGUAAGGGGGUCAUAUUUGUGCACUGCUCCCAUUCAUGACAGUGUCAGAAAACUUUCCAUCCAAUUUGAUCAUUAGCUGCUCUCCCUGUCUAGAACUGGAAUUGUUAUAAUAUCAGGGAUUACAAAAGAAAUCGGGCUUCCUCCUGGAGUUUAGAAGUGUUGAGAUAAAUAGCCAUUUAUUCAGCUUCUGGUUUUUGCCUGGAAGCACUGUGCACAUUAAAAAAAGAAGAUGAAGCUAUACAAACCAGACUAUUCCAAAAUAAGUUUUUACAUACAUUUUGAAAUUGGAUUUGGGGAUAUUUCCCCCUUUUGUAUCCUGGAAUAUUAAUAGCCAGAAAAGCAUAUAAGAUUACUUGGUCUAAGAAAGCUUUUACUGAUUGUAAGCCUUGCCAGACAACUUUCUACCCAAUAUUGUGAUCUGUAAACUAUUUAAGACUCAGAAAUUUAUAUUCUGAAAGAAAGAGCUCAUUUUGAUCCUAUUGAGAAGUCUGAAGCAGAGAGAUAUUCAACAGGUAUGGUUUACCUACCAGUACAAGGAUGAGAGAAGCUACACCUUUGGGAUUUCUGUCUUUCUUCAUCAUUCUUCAAGGGACAACAGCCAUGUUGGUUCUGGAAUGUGGCCUAUCUGUUUGUACUAAAAUAUGCGUGUCAGUAUGUGUGUGAAUUGUGGCUUGCAUAGAAAAUAUCUUGAGAAAACAGAGUUAGUUUUGUAAGCAAAGCAGCCAGAAUUUGUACAAUUAGAUGUUUUUAAUAAGAACUAUUGCACUUUGAAUACUUAAGUUGACCUAAUGAGAGCCAUAAUGGAAACCGUACAGCCCAAAUUGACUAACCUUGCUGCAGCCAUUCCUCCUCAUUAUCAGCAAUGAAAUGGCUUGUGUGUCUGGACUUCCCUAGCUGACAGUGGAAGUUGGUUGCAUGCAAUUUGCUGAACUGCAGCCUUAUUUAAUAGAUUUGAAAUAAAUUCGGCUCAUUUUUCAUUGUACCAGCAGCAUUAAAAUGGCAGUGAUUUGAUUUCAUGAAAAAAUGUGUUUUGUGGUUUUAAUGCUGAAAGAAUAAUUGAGCUACUUAUCUCUGGAUUCAUCAGCUUUGAGAAUGUUAUUUUCCUGUAAGAAGACUCAAAAUUUGUAGGACUAGGCUUUCAUGAUAAAAUGCAUUUUCAGGCAUAUGUUUUAGCAUACUUUGUAUUACAAACUGAAGUACUUUUUUUGUUCCUGAAAACAAAGUUUUCAGUGUGCUUAGUUUCGCUUCUACUAGUCACACUCCAAUCAAAGAGAUAUAUAUUGUUGCAGUGGCACACAUAUUGGUGUGUUGUCAUGGCUUUAAAGGUAUCCUGCACUUAGAGAUAAGGAGGGGAGCUUGCUGUAAUGUGUUAUUUGUCGGUUACAGUUGUUGUAUAGAGAGGGCUAUACUAAAUAAUAAUCCUACAAAGUAUGUGUCCAGAUUUUUUUAGUCCUACAAAUCCCAACCACCCUUGGCAAUAUAGCCAAUGGGGGGGGGGGGGAGUGGCAGUCUAAAACAGCGUUUCUCAACCUGGGGUAACGAGGGGGUGUCAGAGGGUUUGCCAAAGACCAUCAGAAAGCACAGUAUUUUCUUUUGGUCAUGGGGGAUCUGUGUYGGAAGUUUAGCCCAAUUCUCUAGUUGGUGGAGUUAAGAAUGCUCUUUGAUUGUAGGUGAAAUAUAAAUCCCAACAACUACAACUCCCAAAUAUCAAGGUCUAUUUCCCCCAAACUCCACCAGUGUUCAUGUUUGGGCAUAUUGAGUAUCCAUACCAAGUUUGGUCCAGAUCCAUCAUUGUUUGAGUCCACAAUACUCUCUGGAUAUAGGUGAACUACAACUCCCAAACGCAAGGACAAUUCCCACCAGGCCCUUCCAGUAUUUUCUGUUGGUCAUGGGAGUUCUGUGUGCCAAGUUUGGUUCAAUUCCAUUGUUGGUGGAGUUAAGAAUGCUCUUUGAUUGUAGGUUAAUUAUAUAUCCCAGCAACUACAACUCUCAAAUGACAAAAUCAUUCCCCUCCCCCCAAUCCCACCAGUAUUCAGAUUUGGGCGUAUUGGGUAUUUGUACCAAAUUUGGUCUAUUGAAUGAAAAUACAUACUGCAUAUCAGAUAUUUACAUUACAAUUCAUAAAAGUAGCAACAUUAAAUGUGAAAAUGAAAAUAAUGUUAUGGUUGGGAGUCACUACAACAUGAGGAAUUGUAUUAAAGGGUCCCGGCAUUAGGAAGGUUGAGAAACACUGGUCUAAAAGAACCUAGAUGACUAUACCUUCCCCAGUCUUUACAUACAGUUCUGUAUGAUGGGCUUCAAGGAAUGAGGUUUGAACAGCUUGGUCCUUGGUCUAGCGCAUUCCUCCUCCAUCCUCUCACUUGUGGCAGUUCCACAAGCCUUGGAUCCUGGAUCACCACUGUUUCAAGAGCCAUGCCUUGCUGAUAUCCACAAGUCUGAUUUCAUUCAAGCCCUUGAAGCUAAUGCAGUAGUCCAAAUGAUCGAGGCCUGCCUGUCCACAAACAUUUUAGGAUUAUUAUAAUUAAAAUGGCAACUCUUUGUAGUCAAUUUAGACCUGACUUCCAUUUCUUAGUUCCAGUUGUUCAUCUCUUACAAAUAAGAAGUGUUUCUGUCAUGGAGGUCUUAGUUAGCAGCUAACAUUAAGAGAUGCAAUAGGGCAGCUUACAGUUCUACCAUCUCUGCUCCUUGGGAUUCCAUGUGAUCUCCAUAUUGCUCCUGAUUAAUAAAGUAUCUUGAAUUAAA